AACCAAUAGACAAGCGAGUCUAACUUGUACAUAUACUCCAAAAAAAUGUUAAGAGCUACAAAUAGAUUGGUGGUUAGUUCGAAAGCCACAAUUGGGCUCAGAGCAAUUUCCACAACUCCAGCCUUAUUAGCACCAAAAGCUAAGUUAACUGGUCCUAAGAAAGCCCAAGGAACCAAGAAAUGGUCAGCCAGUAACCAACCAGCCAAACCAAAGAAAUCAGGUAUGACCCAUCAUAAAUUCCGUGAUGCUGUUUACAACUUGAACUGGGAUAAGUAUGCCUCUGAAUUACCUCCAAUUCCAAAUUUAAAUGUUAAGAAUUUGAAAGCAAACAGUCAUAUGGCCAGAUAUUCUCCAAGCGUUGAAGCUGCCUUAAGCAAAUUUGGUGGAUUUAAGAAAGGUCAAUAUCAUGAAUUGUUUGAACAUCCUGUUACAUUAGCUAAUGAAAAUACUCAAAGGUUGAACCAAGAAUUUAUUAGCAAAUUAGAAGGUAACUCCAAGGACAAUCGUGUAUAUAUUACUGGUGAUCAAGCUAUUGGUAAGUCCACUCUUGUCACUCAAACCCUUGGUUUAGCUUUGGAAAAGUUUGGUCAAGAUAAGACACUUAUAUUACAUUUUGAUACUCCUAAGGUCAUCACCAAUGGUACUAGUGAUUACAUCUUUAACAAAGACUUGGGAUUAUAUCAGCAACCAAUGUUAACUAAGAGAUGGGUAUACAAAUUCAGACAAGUUAAUGAAGCUACCUUGAAGACAUUAAAAUUAACUGAAGAUGUCAAAUUUUCUGUCAAGGGUAAGCCAGUUGCUCUUAAAGCUGGAACUAACACAUUAUAUGAAUAUCUUGUCCAAUGUCAUGAUUUUGGAAGUUCUACUCCAACUCAAGGUUUCCAAUUCUUCAUUAACCAAUUAAAGGCACAUUCUAAAACUGUUCCAGUUGUUGUUACAGUUGAUGAUUUCAACACUUUGGCUGAGUUCCCAGUGACUGAAUAUAAACAUCCAGAUUUCACUUCAAUUCACGCAACCCAAUUUGAAAUGGCUGAUUUCUUAUUUAAAUGUGCCAGUGGUGAAUUAAACUUUGCACAAGGUGGUGUUCUUUUAGCCAACACUACCGCUGUAAGCCAACAUAGAGAAACUAUGGAAGUUGCUCUUGAUCAAACUAAAUAUGAUCCAUUUGCCAACAAGAAAUAUUUCGAUAGAGAAAUUGCCGAAAAGCUCUUGCAAAAUGGUGGUGUUAAAGAAUUCAAAAUGACUCCAUUAACCAAAGACGAUACCAGACAAUUAAUGGCAUUCUGGAAAGAUACUGGAAUAUUACAAAUCCGCCCUGAUUUCACCAAGAAAGAUUAUAACAAGGAAGAGGCAUUCUCCAUGAGUAUUUCUAAACAAUUUGAAAACCUUGUUAACUUACAAUAUGUUUCCACUCAAGGUGUGCCAGGAUAUUUAUUGAGGAAAUCAGUCAUGCACUAUUAGAUACUACAGCUUGUAAAUAGUUCUAUUAAUAUAACAUUAAGUCUACAAACGUUACCUAUGUAAAUAAAGUAUCUUCAUCUCUCAAGUAUUCACCAAUAUCACCUUGUCUAAAUGCAACAAUACCAGUAGGAGCUAAACUUCUAGCUUCAUUCGUAGAUUUAGCACUUACACCAAACCCUAAAGGAACAUCGUUCAUGGAGUAUACAAUAAGUCCAGCAUGUUCUGGUAUGUCAUCACUCAUUCUACCAACAUGAGCCUUUAAUACAUGGUUUCCGUACAAGAAUGGCAUUUCACCAUUGGUCUUAAUCCAUACUUUAAACUUGGCAUAUUGAGCUAAGUAAGGUAAUGCAGUGAUGUGUAAUCUGAAUUUACCAGUCUUGGUAAACUUACCAAAACAAGUUCCCAAGGACAUUAAGUUAUUACGGGAUACACUGGUAGCAAACUUUGCUAUUUGAUCAGAAACGUAAUAAACUCGAUCUUUUUGGAGUCGGAAUACAUGUGGAUUUGUUGGGUUAUCUAUAAGGAAGGAGAUGUUUCGUCCUAUGUAAUUAGCUAACUUUUCAAAUACAACUUUGGUUUCUUCUUCUGUUAAUGGUCUCAUGGUGACUGGCUAGUAUGUUGUUGU